GCUCACCGCACACACAGUGAACUAAACAAACGGCUGCACUCUGUCAAACACACAUCUCAAUCUCUCCCGGUCAGCAUCCUGUGGACUGGACGUCCGUCAACGGCUGCAGACUUCUUUAGAUUUUUUUUUUGUGUGUGUGUGUUGCUUCAAUAGGAUUUUGCGUUCAGGAGGAGCGAGGUAAAAGAUGUCAAACAGCCACGAGAUGACGGACGCUGGGUUGAACGGCACGUCCAAACUUAAGUCGGCAGGUUUUCGUGGCUCGCACGGUGCCACCGUCAGUUUCCACAAUAUUCACUACAAAGUGAACCAGGGAGGAAGUUUUCUUUGCUGUAAAAAGGCUACGACCAAGGACAUCCUCAUCGACCUCAAUGGACUCAUGAAGCCCGGUCUGAACGCCAUCAUGGGAGCAACAGGGAGUGGCAAGUCAUCGUUCCUGGAUGUUUUGGCAGCAAGGAAGGACCCUGCAGGUCUGUCUGGAGAAGUCCUGAUUGACGGAGCCCAUCAGCCUCCAAACUUUAAGUGUCUGUCCGGAUACGUGGUGCAGGAUGACGUGGUGAUGGGAACUUUGACGGUCAGAGAAAACUUCACCUUCUCUGCAGCACUGCGUCUCCCAUCGACCAUCUCUCAGAAGGAGAAAGAGCAGAAAGUCGACAAACUGAUUCAGGAGCUGGGGCUGGGUCGAGUGGCUGACUCCAAGGUGGGCACUCAGUUAAUUCGCGGAGUCUCUGGAGGCGAGAGGAAGAGGACGAACAUCGGUAUGGAGCUGAUCAUUGACCCGCCCGUCCUCUUCCUGGACGAACCGACCACGGGUCUCGACGCCAGCACAGCUAACUCUGUGCUACUCCUGCUGAAGAGGAUGGCAAACAAUGGUCGCACCAUCAUCCUCUCCAUCCAUCAACCUCGAUACAGCAUCUACCGCCUGUUUGACAGCCUCACCCUGCUUGUCAACGGCAAACAGGUUUACCACGGUCCAGCACAGUCAGCACUUGAGUACUUCUCAGACAUUGGAUACACCUGUGAGGCCCACAACAACCCUGCAGACUUCUUCUUGGACGUCAUUAAUGGAGACUCGACCGCCGUCGCCCUCAACAGCCUGGAUGGAGAAGAUAUAGAUUCAGAUUCAGUGUCUCUGUCCAGGAGAGGGAUUGAGGACAAACUGGUGGAGGAGUACAGAAAUAGCCACUAUUACAAAGAGACCAAAGCGGAGCUGGAAAGGAUAAUUCAGGGGAAGGAAGUGACCUCCUCGUCGUCUCGGACCAGAACCAUCACCUACAACACCAGUUUCCUAACGCAGUUCAGAUGGGUUCUCAAGAGAACCUUCCGCAACCUCCUGCUCAACCCUCAAACCUCCAUCGCUCAGGUGGCAGUGACGCUCUUCCUCGCUCUGGUUGUAGGAGCCAUUUUCUUUGACGUCCAACAGGACCAGAGCGGGCUACAGAACAGGGUUGGCGCUCUCUUCUUCGUCGUCGUCAAUCAGUGUUUCAGCUCUUUGUCGUCUGCUGAACUCUUCAUCACCGAGAGGAAACUCUUCAUUCAUGAGUACAUCAGUGGCUACUACCGUCUGUCCGUCUACUUCCUGUCUAAGAUGCUCUCUGACAUCAUAACGCUGAGGACCAUCCCUGCCAUCGUCUUCAGCUGCGUGGCCUACUUCAUGAUCGGUCUGAAGCCCACGGUAGAGGCCUUCUUUCUCUUCAUGUUCACUGUGGCCCUGGUGGCCUACACCGCCACCUCCAUGGCUCUGGCCAUCUCAGCCGACCAGACGGUGGUCGCCAUCGCCAACAUCUUCAUGACCAUCACCUGCGUCUUCAUGAUGAUCUUUGCAGGGCUCCUGGUUAAUCUCCCGUCCAUCGUCAGCUGGUUGGCCUGGUUGAAAUACCUGAGUAUACCCAGAUAUGGCCUCAGCGCUCUGCAGGUCAAUGAGUUCACUGGUCUGAAGUUCUGUGAAGGCUUUAACAGGACAACGAUUCCUUCAGGACCAGCUUGCACGGGGGAGGCGUUUCUGGAGGAGCAGGGCGUAGACUACUCCACGUGGGGCCUCUGGCAGAACCACAUGGCUCUGGGCAUCAUGACCGUCUCCUUCCUCACCAUCGCUUAUCUCAAACUGCGCUUCAUCAGGAAGUUCACCUAGACCUUCUUCAUCAUCAUCAUCAUCAUCAUCUUUACUGCCAUAGUAACAAAAUCUGAGAAACGGCUCAUGAGCAACUCAGGACAGUUUUAUAUAACAGAGGAAUCCAACUCUGUUUGUAAAAUCAGAUUUAUGGGCAUUAUUGAUUAUUUAUUCAAUUAUUUUUUACACAACACUGUUGCACUGAACUUUAAUAACUCCUAGAAACUCUACUCUGAUUUUUGCACUUUACCGUUUAGAGGCACAUAGAUACAACAAUUUUGUAUUUAUGUUUUCUUUUUGCAAUAAAUGAUGAAUUUCCUUUCUGGA